CUUGGAAUAUAAUCAAUCAAUAUCGUCAACAUCAUCAUCGGCACUCAAGACUCACUCAUCAAUUAAUCACUAACCACAGCCGCUGUGGUCCGCCUGACUUCAUCUCGACCCCCUUUCGUUCUCAAACCCACCAACGAUCUCAUCAUGCGUCCCACCUCGAACCUCCUUCAGCUGGCUGUCUGCCUCUCCUCUCUUGCCCCUCUAGCGACAGCAUGGCCUAACUGGUUUCCUCCUGCCGAUUCUGUCGUUGUCCGACGCGUUGCACAUGAAGCCAUGCCACAGGAGACCGGCGUUAUCAAGGCUCGUCAAGACAAAACCGAUGAUGGAGAAGCUUCAAGUACCCGAAAGAACAGCGCCAAGCAGACCAACUUGAACACCGCCAAAGUCGAGACAGGAACUGAGACCGGAACUGCAGAGAACACCAAGACCGCUACCGAGACAGGCAAGAAGAAGUCUGGCACCAAAACUGGAACAUCUGCACCCAAGCGCACAACCUUCUCUGCUGAUGUUCAGCCUGGUGGUGUGAGCAUGACACUUCCCGAUACCAUGUAUGUCCCUACACCUCUCUUCAAGAUUGGUGAUUACGCCACCUUUGGCUGGAAUUACACCUCGCUUGAGGGCACACCAACCGCCAUCGACGUCCUCGUCAGCCAGUCUUCCGCCGGCGAGACAUACACUCUCACUGCCAACAUGACUUUUGCGACCAACCCCACCUUUGUCUGGGACACCAGCAAGCAGGCCAACGACCCCGAUGCUCCUCUCGUGGUCGGCAUGUACACUCUCGUCAUCAAGGAUUCUGACUCAGCCAUCACCGACCUGCCCUCUCCUGGCUAUCUGCAAGUCGAGAAGACCUUCCAGUUUGGCAUGUACACACCCGCGGCCUACACACCCUAUCCCCAGUGGAACUGUGAUAUCUGCAACAACUAGUCAAAGCAUCCAGUGCCAUUUCUGUUUUUUUUUUUUUUUUUUUUUUUUUUUUGCAACCGAUCUUAGGAGUUAUUAUUGGAGGUGUUAUGGGCAGGCAAGCAUCAGAAGGAGAAAAAUGUUUAUUGAUUAUUGUUUCACUUUUCAUCAGGAUAUUUCACAGUUUGGUGAGGGCGUUGGCAGACGGAUGUCGCUGUUGUGAAGUCAUCUCGCAAGAACGGUGAGAUCCCCGGUUUGGAUGCUUAUGAUUAAUCAGGUGGUCGAAAUGAGUUGAAAUCAU